CCGGAAGUCGAGGAAGCGGGAGUUUGGAAAACAUAAACAAGCUUCAGUCUUGUAUGAAAUACUUUUAAAAAUGCUGAACAAGGCUCCCAAAUUAAAAAAGACAAUACGAGCGAACGCAAAGAGUAAUGUAAAUGUCAGGCCGGCGUCAGAGGCCAUGAUUGAACUGGCCACAUUACUGUUCUUGAACAGCCUGGCUGAAGAGGCAAAAGCUCAGGCGUUUGAGGAAAAGUCUGCGGCGAUCAAAGCUCACCAUGUCAGAGCUGUAACCAAGAAAAUGCUGAAAAAGGCAAGAGGAUGAAGAUGAAGACCACCAUGAGCAUUUUUACGAACAUUGUGAGAGAUUAUCGCACUAUUUUAAAUGUUUAAUGUUUUUGUUGUUUUUAUGCUGUUUUCCCAAGAAAACACUUUCUGUGUAUUGUUCUGUCACAACAAUGGGGUUUUGUUAAGUUCAAUAAAUUCUCGUGACUCUCGUUCUGGUUUUUAUUUUAAACUGCUGAAACCCACAAAUGCUUUCAAUAAUAAAUAGAUUUUGAACUGAAGUGAUAUUUUUGUUAUCCAUGGUGGUUGGUUCAACCUUACAUUCAGUCCUUAAUGAAGAAAAAAAAUGUUUCCCUCAAAAUUUAUGACUUAAUAGUGUCCAGUUUUCUUUAUAUGAUUUUGUUACGACUUUGUUUUUCCUUCAUCUAUAACUUUAAUCUCUGAGGAUAUACGAUCUUUUUCCUCACGCGUUUUUGACUUUUUAUGCCUUUUUCUUGGAAUGUCUUGCCCCAUCCCUGGGGUCUGCAAAUUUAAGUUGUCAUUGAUUUAGUAAAAGCCCAGUGUGACCUCA